AUGCCGCCCUCACGAACUUCCCGCUCCCUGGCCGACCCAUCCCCUGCCUCCCGCCUGAGUCUCAUCUCUCGACACCUCGACAGUACUACCACCUCGUAUCCUCCUAUCAACACUCCCUACUCCAUUGAGCGCGACUCCUCCCCGUCCUCCGACAGUGACCACUACACACCCCACCUUACCCAAGCGCCAAGUAGCAGAAGACAUCUACACACCUCCGCCAGAAUGUCCAAGCAAGCCGCCCACCCAACACUUCUCAUUCCGGGGCCCAUUGAGGUCUCGGACGAAGUCGCCGCCUCCAUGUCACACUUUGCCCAGUCCCACGUCGGCCAGCCCUUCGUGAACACCUUUGGCGAAACCCUUAGCAUGCUACGACAGCUCUUCCAAACCACGAACCCCAAGUCACAGCCUUUUGCCAUCGCCGGCUCCGGCACUCUAGGCUGGGACCUGGUCGCCGCCAAUCUAGUCGAGCCCGGCGAGGACGUGCUCGUUCUGCAUUCGGGCUACUUUGCCGACUCCUUCGCCGACUGCCUGACGACCUACGGCGCAAAGGCUACACAGCUAAAAGCGCCCAUUGGCGACCGCCCUCAGCUGCCCGAGAUCGAAAAGGCGCUCAAGGAGAAGAAAUAUAAAGCCGUGACGGUCACACACGUCGACACCUCAACCGGCGUGCUCUCGCAAAUCCAGCCCCUGUCCGAUCUCCUGCAGCGCGUCUCCCCCGAAACCCUCCUGAUCGUCGACGGCGUCUGCUCCGUUGGCGGCGAGUCCCUGCACUUCGACGACAUGCGCAUCGACUUCGCCCUGACGGCGACGCAAAAAGCCAUCGGCUGCCCACCCGGACUGAGCAUCAGCAUGGCAUCCGAACGCGCCAUGGACGUCUUCAAAUCCCGCAAAUCCCCUCCUGGCAGCUACUACGCGUCCUUCAAGAACUGGGUGCCCAUCAUGCAGAACUACGAAGCCAAGAAACCGAGCUACUUCGCCACGCCGCCCACGCAGCUCGUGCAGGCGCUGCACACGGCUUUGACGCAGCUGCUGGCGAAACCCGUCGCCGACCGCAUCGCGCAGCACCAGAAAGUCAGCCGCAAGGUCAAGAAGGCCGUCGCGGACCUGGGCCUCAAGCAGCUGGCCACCGAUGAGGACAACGCGGCCAACACCAUGACAGCCAUCUACCUGCCGGAGGGCCUCACGCCGCCGGAGAUCCUGCCGGGUCUGAUGCAGAAGGGCGUCGUAUUCGCGGGCGGCUUGCACAAGGAGAUCGCUACAAAGUAUAUCCGCUUCGGGCAUAUGGGUGUCAGUGCCAUGGAUGAGGGCCGGGGCGAGAUCGACAAGGCGAUCGAGGCGUUGGGCCAGAGUUUGAAGGAGGUGCAGCAGGCCAAGGGGCAGUAG